CACCAGAGAAAAUAGGGAGGAAGUGCAAGAAAAUGUCAAGGAUACAUUUUUUCUGCUGAGUGCUUGUGGCAAACAACUUGCGAGACCCUCCAGAAAGCGUAUAGAGACGGAAAAAGAAUGGACCGAUCAGCGUUGGACGUGUUCCACUACAAAGACAAAGAGCAGUCAUCCAACCUUCUCCUGCAGCUCAACAGCCUGAGACAGGAUAAGCUUCUGACAGACGUGCUACUCUGCUCCGAAAACAUCGAGAUCCCUUGCCACCGCAAUGUCCUGGUGUCCAGCAGCCCUUACUUCAGGGCAAUGUUCUGCAACAACUUUGUAGAAAGGCAGCAGCACCGGAUCAACCUGAAGGGUCUCACGUCGGCCGCUCUGAGCGGCAUCAUCGACUACGUCUACACCGGGCUGGCUUGUAUCAGCAUGGAUAACGUGCUGCCUUUCAUGCAGGCAGCCUCCAUGCUGCAGUAUGGCCGGCUUUUUGAGGCCUGCUCCAGUUUUUUACAACAGCAGCUGAGCCCUGAGAACUGCUUGAGCAUGGUAAGGCUUUCCGAUAUCUUGAACUGCAACACUUUGAGACACAAGGCAAAGGAGAUGGCCGUGAACAGCUUCUCCGAUGUGUCUGUUUCGGAGGAUCUGCGCGAGCUGUCUUUACCAGAGCUUAUGGGCUACCUGGAGGAUGACAGCCUUUGUGCGGCGGAGGAGCAGGUCUUUGAGACUCUUGUAGCUUGGAUCCACUAUGAUCCUUUAUCCAGACGUGGCGCCAUCAGUGACCUUUUCAAGAAAGUGCGUCUCCGCUACAUCCACCCCACCUACUUGUUCCAAUUUAUCGCCAAUGACCCUCUGAUUCAGUCCUCUACCCUCUGUGUUGAAAUCAUCGAUUCGGUGCGACGCCUCAUGUUUUCUGUCAGCACAAAAUAUGUGGGUGACUUUGCGGGUGACUUGAAGCCUGUUUGGGUUGCACCGAGGCGCUGCACCUACUGUGACACUCUUGUUGUGGUGGGAGGGAGGAAAAACGAUGAGCAGACCUCAAGGGACGCUAUAGUAUUUGAUGAAAGGAGCAAUAAGUGGCAGUGUUUGUCCAAGCUGCCUGUCCGACUGUACAAAGCUUCCUACGUGGCUCUGCACAGUGUGGUGUAUGUUAUCGGAGGCCUGAGCACCAACACAAAACACAGCCAAGUCAGCAAAACUGUCUAUACCCUAUCUCUCAAAACCAACCAGUGGCGGGUGGCCGAGCCCAUGCUGGAGCCACGUUUCGCCCACCAGAGUGUCUCCUACCUCCACUUCAUCUUCGUCCUUGGGGGACUCAGGUCUGAUAGACAGCUGGCCGACAGCGUGGAAAGAUACAACAGCAUGUUCAACCAGUGGGAGUCAAUGGCCCCCAUGCCCGAGGCUGUUCUGCACCCUGCAGUGGCCGCCACCAACCAGAGGAUCUACAUGUUUGGUGGGGAAGACGCCAAGCACAACCCGGUCCGAAUCAUUCAGGUGUAUCACAUUGCCAGGAACAUGUGGUAUACGAUGGAGAACAGAACAGUAAAGAACAUGUCCGCUCCUGCUGUUGUGAUGGAUGAAAACAUCUACGUUAUUGGAGGAUACACCAGGAGAAUGAUUGCGUACGAUACCAAGGCCAACCGCUUCAUCAAGUGUGCCAGCCUGAAGGAGAGGAGGAUGCACCAUUCUGCUACGGUUCUCAACAACAAACUUUACAUCACUGGAGGGCGUUACAUCAAUGGCCAUGAUGUUAUUGAGGACUCAGACAAUUUUGAGUGUUACGACCCAAAGACAGACACUUGGACAUCCGAGGGGACUCUACCAUAUAAACUCUUCGACCACGGCUCUCUUACUGUGACAUGUGUCUCGCAGACAUUGGAUCACUCAUAGUUGAGAGUGAUUCAUAGUAACAGUUAUUUGAAUGUCAACGGUUGAUUUAAUGUAGAACUAAUGAACUAAUAUUAGGGUGUUUGUGUGUUUUCCAUUUCAAUUUUGAGCGCCUAUCCCAGAUGAACUGGACUGGUCACUAUUAACUCAUAUAAAACACAUUUUGAAACAACCAUUCACACUCAAUUCACCCCUAUUGACAAUUUCUCCAAUGGGAGAAAACUAGUAUACCCAAAGUAAGUGGCUCUGAUAUCAACACGCUCUGGGCGAAACCAGUCUUUUGAUGCCCCCUAGAGAAUGCCACUCUGGGUAAUAAAUGCCCAUGUGGACUGAUGUAAGACUUUCACUUUCAACACACACACACACACACACACACACAAACACAGGCACACAAACAAUGAAAACAAACGCCACAAUUUGAGAAACAAUCAUUUUGUUUUGAAGCAUCAUUUUCAAACUAUCUUUACAUGUACGCAACGUUAAUGUAUACAAUCAUAUUUUGUUAUAUGUAAGAGAUAAUAAACAUGUAAAUAUAUUUUAAAGGUUAUACACAUUUGCUAGUACUGUAUCCCAGUCUGAUUUGACAAAGACUUUGUUUUCAACCUUUAGAAGUAGGGAUGUAACAAUAUGAAAAUGUCAUAAUCCGGUUAUCGUGACCAAAAUGAUCAGUUAUCAUUAUUAUCGCAGUAUUCUUGAAUGUGCUCAGAAAGUACUUAUACACACACUGAAAUCUUUUAACCAAGUUAUUUUUUUUAACCAUUAGAAAACCCACUAUUUUGCAUGUUUUGUGUUUCUUAUGCUUCACUGAUACUGUUUUAGUCUUAGUGUUUUAUCUGUUUUAAUUGCUAAACUUUUAAUGUUUUAAAUAUUGGUUUGUACUGUAGCACUUUAAUAUUUAUUUAACUAAAAAGUGUGCAACAAAAGAAAAUAUAUUAUUAUUAUUAUUAUUCCUGCUCAGCAAUCCUUGAAUGCCCUGUAAAAACACCUACAUCUCGUAUUCCUCGGAGUAUAGCACAAUCACUCUUACACUCGAUCAUUGUUCUAAGAGAGCACAGUUUGUAGGUUCAAUAUGCACAAUUGAGUAGCUUUGUUUCUCAGACAGCAAUUUGUUUUUAUAAGUUUCGAUUGGGGUAUAUUGUUUCCUAAUUGGGAAAUACAUGAAUGUCUCUUGUUCAUAUGUUAGCAAGCUGGUGCCAGUCAGACCAUGAGUUUAUAA